AUGAACAACUAUAGUAUGUUAAAUCCGAAAAUUUUUAUGUCUUUCAUGGUUCUGGAGGGAUUAAGCGCUAUUGAUAACUUGACUAAUUCGUUUAAAAAAAUGAUAGCUUUACAACUUUUAGUAAUAUUUACUUUCGUUUUCUAUUGCAACGGUGCUCCUUCGCUGAGGAUUUCAGAAAAUUCUGCCGAGAACAUCGCUCGGCUAAGCAAUCUUCGUCCAGGGGACCUGGCGGAGGAGUUGAGCGGUCAGUUCGAGGGGGACAUGAUACUCACCGAGGAGCAGUAUGCUGAAAUUAAUCGAAAGAAUGGAAUGCUUGCCGAAAAAUAUCGCUGGCCAUCGAACACGCUGGUGUACGAAAUUGAAGAAGGAUGGUACGACAACGAACAGAUCGACUACAUCCACCAAGCCAUGCGGAUUAUCGAGCAUGCAACCUGUUUGCAGUUUAAACAACGAGAUGCUCUAAGCGAUUCCAGUUACAUCAGUAUUCACGGUGAUAGUACCGGAUGCUCUGCUACUGUGGGUCACAACGGAGAAAGUCAACAUGUAAAACUGAAGCCAUAUCCAGUUGGUAGUGGGUGCUUCCGGCUCGGAACUAUUGUACACGAGCUGAUUCAUGCUAUCGGAUUUAGACAUAUGCAAAACACUUACAAUCGUGAUGACUACGUUGAGAUUAUGUGGGAAAACAUCGAACCGGGAAAGGAGAAAAACUUUUACCUGUACGGUCCGGAUAAAGUAGAUAAUUUUGGGGAAGAAUAUGACUACGGUAGUAUCAUGCACUACAGCGAGAAAUCGUUCAGCAUGAAUGGGGAGAAAACCAUCGUAGUGCGGCAGGAGACUGAUCAAAAAAUUGGUCAACGUGACGGAAUGAGUAAAAGCGAUAUUCUGAAAAUUAAUAGAAUGUAUGGAUGCUAA